AUGGAAAUCCAGAAAAUUCCAUCGGCGCAUCCUCACCUGCAGUGGAAAUCCAAGAACUGGAGAGGUCAUAAAAAGAGUCGUGCGCCCGGGACUUUUUGUGGCGGGGGCAGGACCUGGGUUUUGCGUCCCGAGUUCUGUGCUGUGCCCGCGGCGCUGCUCCGGGGUAGGGAUCUCCCGAGGCGGCAGGCGCAGCCCCCGGGACCAGGGAGCGAGCGCGCCGGCGUGAGCGGCGGCGACGACUGUGAGGGGCCGAGGAGGCGAGAAGGAGGCGGACGCGAUGCCGGAGUUCCUAGAGGACCCUUCGGUCCUGCCCAAAGACAAGUUGAAGAGCGAGUUGGUGGCCAACAACGUGACGCUCCCGGCCGGCGAGCAGCGCAAGGACAUCGUGGAUUUGCUGCCAGGCUGGUCUCUGCUGCAGCUUCUCCUUCACUGAUAAGGGAAACCACUACUACUUACUGUAAGGACAUAGUGGAAAAUAUUUGCCGUGGAGGGAAGAGUAGAACUCAGCCAUCGCUCGCUGAGGAGCCUGGCGUUUCAGAUCAGUCGGUUUUCUCCAGUGAAAGAGAAGUACUGCAAGAGUCGGAGAGGUCACAGGUCAUUUCUCCACCACUUGCUCAGGCAAUCCGAGAUUAUGUCAAUUCUCUGUUAGUCCAGGGUGGGGUCGGCAGUUUGCCUGGGACUUCUAAUUCUGUACCCACAUUGGAUAUAGAAAACAUAUGUAAGAGACUUAGCCAGUCGAGCUAUCAAGAAUCUGAAUCCCUGUCCCCUCCCCAAAAAGUCCCAAGACUAAGUGAGAAGCCAGUAAGGGGAGGGGACUCAGGCUCCUGUGUGAAUACACCUGCAUCCGAACAUAGGUCUUCUUUUGCCAAAAGUGUUGUCUCUCAUUCUCUUACUACUUUAGGAGUAGAAGUGUCUAAGCCACCACAGCAUGAUAAAAUAGAAGCUUCAGAACCGUCUUUUCCUCUCCAUGAAUCUAUCCUAAAAGUGGUUGAAGAGGAGUGGCAGCAAAUUGAUAGGCAGCUGCCCUCGUUGGCGUGCAGAUAUCCAGUUUCCUCCAGCGAGGCAGCCCUGAUAUUAUCAGUUCCAAAAGUCGAUGAUGAAAUCCUGGGGUUUAUUUCUGAAGCCACCCCACGAGCAGCCACUCAGGGGUCCUCCACUGAGUCUUGUGAUAAACAUUUGGACUUAGCUCUCUGUAGAUCUUAUGAAGCUGCAGCAUCAGCAUUGCAGAUUGCAGCUCACACGGCCUUCGUAGCUAAGUCUCUGCAAGCUGACAUAAGUCAGGCUGCACAGAUUAUUAAUUCAGAUCCUAGUGAUGCACAGCAGGCACUCAGGAUUCUGAACAGAACCUAUGAUGCAGCUUCGUAUCUUUGUGAUGCUGCAUUUGAUGAAGUGAGGAUGUCUGCCUGUGCCAUGGGGUCUUCUAUCAUGGGUCGGCGUUAUCUGUGGUUAAAGGAUUGUAAGAUUAGUCCAGCUUCUAAGAAUAAAUUGACUGUUGCCCCCUUUAAAGGUGGAACAUUAUUUGGAGGAGAAGUACACAAAGUUAUUAAAAAGCGUGGAAAUAAGCAGUAAUAAGUUUAAGAACAAAGGCAGAAACUUUGACUUGGAGAAUUUGUGAACCUUUCUAAGAGUUUAGUCUCCUAAUAGAGCUAAUUUCAAGGUGUUAUGCUACCACUCAUCAAGUUACAGUAUAAUUGCAUAUAUAGAGGCCUAGUACAGUUGAAACUCCAUAGGUCACAUCUGUCUUACAUGAGCUUACAGCUUCCUGUUUCAUUUAACAUUUUAGAUAUACAAGGAAUUCAGCAACUAGAAUAUCAGUGGAACCCUCACUUCCUUUAGUGU